AUGGCGCGUUCUGACUAUCACUUGAUUUGGAAUUCGAUGUUUCUUUAUGAAGUGGAAUUUUCGUCUGUUAUACGAGGUCAUCAUGUUUACAAAGCGGCGUGGUCUCCAAUCAUAGGAAAGUCUCUGGCAUGCAGGAAUGAUGACCGUAAAGGAGCUAAAGAACACGUUGAAUACGCAGUUGGGACUUACCUUGAAGCUGAUAACAAACUUGUUGGGCAUGUGCCGAUGGAACUUUCCUUCCUUAUAAUCACAUUUAUCAAAGCCCGCCAUGAUAAUAAAUUACAGGUCAAAGUGACUGGAUCAAGAAGACUGGAAAACGGACUUGUUGUCCCCGGAGCGUUCCUAGCGAGAACAACCAGCAGAGCAAUCGCCACAAAAUUUGAAGAAGAGAUAACUCGUUUGAAGGAAUUAUGUACUCACAUGGACAUAACAGUUGAGAAACUCAAACGAAGACCACUGUUUUUGAAAUGCAUUAUUACGUACGGGUCGUCUCGGAGGCCACAAACAACUGAAAGCACUCCUUUUAAAGAGUCAACAACAAAGGUGGCAAAAUCCUUCACCCAACCAGUAAUUGCAACAUUUUCUACACUUAAAAACCGACACACAUUUAAAUCCCUAGCACAAGGGAUUACGUUUAAGAAUACCGUUGGUGAAUCUUCUCCGCAAAAUGGUUCAACACGCGGGCUAAACCUGGUGUUGAUCGUCAUAGUGCUUCUGGCCAUUUUUAUCCUGGCAAUUGCAGUCGUAUUCGGAAUAUCAUUUUUUCGGCGACACCAAGGUCAUAAGAACCAAGCGAGAGGAGAUAUCAUUUUGCCUUACAGAUCACCUUCAGAUCACCUUCGCGAUCGGGUCACUUGCACUUACGAGGUGCCCCCGAGUUCCGAACUGCAAUCGAUCGAUCCUGUGCUUGGCCAACAAAUACAGAGUUCUGCCGAGGUUACUGUUCACCUAACCCUUUCACAAACCGAAUCUGGGCCGAUCACCCAUGAUCCAGCGAGCGACUGCAAAAAAGAGUGCGAGCACGAUCACCUAGACGAGACUAAUCGAAAGUCAUGGUCAAUGAGCGAAGGAUGUUCAGAUAUUCAGGAAAAAGCACGAGAAAACACAGUCUUGGUGAGUGGUGAGAAAGGAAUACAGCAGCCACUUGCUUUGUGCGAUAAAAAAGAAGAAGGAAAAGAUUACGUAUACGCUGUGGUUCAUAAAGAAAGAAAAAGCGGAGUCAGUUCUGAAGCAAGCACUCUCAAAAAAUCAUCGGACCGCCCUCAGGAAGGAACAGGGUUACCUGUGAACCGGAGGUCCUGUGUCGAUUGUAAUGACCAUUCGUCGCAUCCAACUGAUUUAGGACUCGACAAAAACACAGAGGCUACAGAGAGCGAGACACUUCAGGCUGGCGGGAACAGUGAAUAUUUGUACGCAGCUGUUGAAAAGACGAAAAAGAAGAAACCGCCACAGAAGCCCCCUCCAUACCGUGGCCUUGUGUACGCUGAUCUGAUCCAUUCCCGAGAAAGUAGCGCAAAGCUUGUCAAAGAACAGUCCCAAACAGUAUACGCCCAAAUUGAUCAUGCCAAGACAGCAAGCGUGAUGAUAUCGCAGCACAAUCUGGAGGGAAAAAAGAAAGGCGAACAUCAUUGA